AGGGGAUGGGGUUCCUUUCCCAGCAGGAGGCCCUGUCCUGCUGCCGGAGGUGGGUCCUGCCACACCCGCGUCAGCUCAGGUGAGGGGGCCGGGCCUGCCCGGGGCUGGGGUGGUGGCACAAGGCCUCGGUGCGGCGGCCGGGCCCUCCGUGAGGGGAGGCGGCGGCAACAACCCGGAACUGCCGGCGGUGCGGAGCCGCCGCGGGAGCCAUGCCGCCGCCCAAGGACGUGGUGAAGAUCGCCAUCCAGAUGGUGGGAGCCAUCCCGCAACUCAUCGAGCUCCAGCAGACCAAGCCGCUCGCCUCAGUGCUCAAGGACGUCUGUGAUGCGUGGAGCCUGCCCAACGCCGAGCGCUACGCCCUGCAGUACGCGGACGGGCGGCAGACCUACAUCACCGAGUCGAACCGCAGGGACAUUAAGAAUGGGAGCAUUUUACGGCUGACCACCUCCCCGGACCAAGAAGCAGAGCAGUUGUAUAUCGGGAUCCAGAGCAAGAAUGUGGAUGUGAAGACUGACUCACUGAAGAAGCUUGCAAGCCUCUCCCAGGACGUUACCUUUGCUCAAGAGUUCAUCAGCAGGAAUGGCUUGAAGCAAAUCUACUCUAUUGUGGAAGAAGGGAAUGAUACAGGGGAGAUGCUGGCUCAUACCCUCAAAGCCUUCACAGAGCUGAUGGAGCAUGAUUUUGUUUCCUGGGAAAAUCUUAGUACAGUCUUCAUCAAAAAGAUAGUGAGUUAUGUCAACAUGAAUGCAGUGGAUGCAUCUAUCCAGCAGCUCUCCUUGUCUAUCUUGGAGAAUAUGGUGCCUACCAGUCGCCUCCUCUUUGAGGUGGUCAAAAAAGAAGUGACGUUGGACCGCCUUCUCACCCACCUGCAGGCGACAAAUGCCCAGCUGCAGCUGAAGGCGAUGGCUCUGCUCAUUGCACUGCUGCUGAGCACGACCGACGCUGAGCGGCGGGACAUGAUGGACUACCUGAGGAAGAAGAACAUCAGGCAGUUUAUCCACAAGAACAUUAUCCACAGCUCCGAGCCACUGGGGGAUGAGAUGGCCCAUUAUCUUUACGUGCUGCAGUCUGUCAGCCUCAACUUGUGCGAGCAUCGCAUGAAAAUGUCCAUGGAUCCCUACUCACAGGAACAGCGGGAUCUCCUCCAGUCCCUGCGCCAAACUGCUUUUGAGUCGGAGAGCGAGGUGCCUGCUGGCACCUUCAGCACCGAGCGCCGGCGAUCCCUUUGUGCCAAGGAAUUCCGCAAGCUGGGCUUCAUGAACAACAGCAACCCAGCAGAGGAUCUCCGCCGUGCCCCACCAGGACUCCUUGCCCUGGACAACAUGGUGUAUUUCUCCAGGAACACCCCUAAUGCCUACAGCAGGUUUAUCCUUGAGAACAGCAGCCGGGAAGACAAACAUGAAUGUCCCUUUGCUCGAAGCAGCAUCCAGCUCACCCUGAUCCUCUGCGAGAUCCUGCACAUUGGAGAGCCGUGCUCGGAGACGGCUCAGGCCUUUUACCCUAUGUUCUUCGGGCAGGAUCAUUUCUUUGAAGAGUUAUUCUGCAUCUGCAUCCAGCUGGUGAACAAGACCUGGAAGGAGAUGAGAGCAACCCAGGAGGACUUUGACAAGGUGAUGCAGGUGGUGCGGGAGCAGAUCACCAGGACCCUGUCCCUCAAGCCCACGUCCCUGGAGCUAUUCAAGACCAGAGUGAACGCACUGAACUACAGCGAGAUCUUGAAGCUGCGGCAGACUGAGCGGCUGCACCAGGAGGAGACGCUGGCUGUGCCUGUGCUGGAGCUGCGGGAGAAGCUGAAGCCGGAGCUCCUGGAGCUGAUCCGACAGCAGCGCCUGCUGCACCUCUGCGAGGGAACCCUCUUCCGCAAGAUCAGCAGCCGCCGCAGGCAGGACAAGCUGUGGUACUGCCGCCUGUCCCCCAACCACAAGGUGCUGCACUAUGGGGACGUGGAGGAGGGAGUGCAGUCUCCCCCCAUCGAGAGCCUGACGGAGAAAAUUCCUGUGGCAGACAUGAAGAUGCUGCUGGUGGGGAAGGAGUGUCCACACACAAAGGAGAAGAGCUCUGGGAAGCAGAACAAGGAUGUCCUGGAGCUGGCCUUCUCUAUUGUGCAUGAUGUGGAGGAAUACUGCCUCAACUUCAUAGCCCCCACCCGCUAUGAGUUCUGCCUCUGGACGGAUGGGCUGAAUGUGCUUCUGGGCAAGGAGAUGACAAGUGAGCGAACACAGACAGACCUCGAUGUCCUGCUGUCCAUGGAGCUCAAGCUGCGGCUCCUGGACCUGGAGAACAUCAGCAUUCCUGACGACCCCCCUCCCAUCCCAAAGCCUCCCAGCAACUUAAACUUCUGCUAUGACUUUAGCCAUACAGAACAGGACAGGCCAGGUGCUGGCUGGGGGCUUGGGUGUCCUACCCUUCCCUGCCUGUGUCCUGCCUCCUGCAAGAGCAUGGGAAUGAGCCACCAAGCAUUAGCCUCCUGUUCAAGGUGGGUGACCUGGCACUGAUUCCCUCACACUGCAGCCAGGCUUUGGGCAGAGAGGGCAAGGAUGUGGACUGGAAUAAAGGUACAGGCAGCCUGGGAUAACUGAAGGGGGAGUAACACUACAAAGGUACGAAUCUGCACUGCCUCACUUCCGCCAUCAAUCCUUUCUGGACAACAAAGUGGUUAGAAAAAGGAUGGAACACACCUUUCCAUUAAGUUUUUCAAGCAGAUGGCAUCUCCAGGGUAUGAUGUGCCUGCCCUGUCAGCUCCCUCCUGCACUGAAAGGUGUUUUUGCUGAGCCCUCUGCACUGUCCUGGAAUGGGGGUGAUUAGGGUACAAGGGUAUCCUUUUUCCCAGCACCGUUCAGCUGGCUCUGGUGUGAGGAGGAGACCCUGGUGUGCCCAUCGUGCCAAUUCCAGUGCCUUCCCCACCUGGGGCAGAUACUUGCACACUUCAGCCAUGCUGCUGCACUACUGCACCACGACAAGCUACCUCCUCCCCAGCCCCACAGCCCCCACCCCAGUGCCCUGCACCUUCUGGUGCCUGCAGCUUCUCCCAAGGGUCUUGUGCUAACAGCCACAGGUCAGUAGGGAUCCAACCGUGCCUCUGUUUCCUGUGUACUGGGACAAUAAACACUUGUGGAGAACUCA